GUUAUAGGUUAGCCGCAUUAAACUGGUAUUUUCAAUUAAAAAAUUCAAUUAUUUAUAACUUUUAUAUCUUAAAACACUUGACGGUUAGACUUACAUAACAGUUUAUCAAGUAACAUACUUAUAAACUAAUCAACGCUUUGGCAUGCGUAGUGAGUUUGGUUAGCCUAAGUGUUAAAGUGUUUUUGAAUAGUUUGAAUGAAAUAUUAACUUUAUCUCGGUUUAUAAUGGACGCUGAUUAUGAUAAGAAAAUCGCAGAGCUCAAGAGUAAGAUUAAGAGCUAUCCAGACUUCCCCAAAAAGGGCAUCCUAUUUUGGGACAUAUUCUCAGCCAUAUCUGACGGUGCCACAUGCCGACUACUCCAAGGCUUACUAGUUGACACAGUGCGCAGCAAGUUUCCAGGCAUUGAGGCAGUAGUAGGGCUGGAGUCGCGGGGCUUCCUGUUCGCAUUCUCCCUGGCUGCGGAGCUGGGCGUGGGCUGUUUGCCUGUGCGGAAGAAGGGCAAACUGCCGGGCGAGGUGGUGGCAUAUAAAUAUGAUUUGGAGUAUGGCUCAGAUAUUCUGGAGAUCAAGAAAGACUCGGUCCAUCCCGGCCUCAAGUGCCUCAUUGUAGACGACCUCAUAGCCACUGGCGGUUCCUUGUCUGCUGCUGUGAGCCUUCUCAAGACUACUGGAGCAGAGGUGUCUGGAUGCUUGGCGGUCCUGGAGUUGGAGUCGCUAAACGGUCGCAAAAACAUUCCUGAAGGUAUACCUGUACAUUCUUUGAUAAAGUAUGAUUAGCAUUUAAUAAUGGGAAAAAUCCGCAUUUUCCAAAAUCAAGCGGGUUACACCAUCCAAAAACAAUAUUGCAUUGCACCACUGAAUAAUAAAGAGCUAGUUAGGCCGAAAUUCAUCAGGAUUAUCUGUAAAGUUGUAAUACUUGAAAUUUAUAUGAAUACCAUAACCAUACCAGCCCAACAUUCCAUAUGGGGUAUAAGAUAGGAUCAUAAAAUAAAGUACAAAGCGUUUUGAAGUAUUUUAAAACUUUUCUUUAAGAGACAAGAUAUUUCUAAAUAAAGAUAUUCUAUUUGUAAGAUGUAAGCUGUUAUUAUCCAAAGUUCUAUUACUUGUAGUCUUGUAUAUUAUGAAUGCUUGUUGAAAAUGAGCAAAGUUUUUGUACAACAUUUAAUAUAAGGGUUGUAAUUUUUAAAUGCCAAUGAAACCAUUGAUUCAAUUAAAAGUUGAAUGUCUCAUCAUUCCUGUUACUAGCAAGGCAAGCUCCGGAUCGGCGCGAAAGUGUCUCGCAAAUCUCGCCUGCGAGCUGCGAGAUAUAUGUACUAUCCAUCUGUAUUAAAAUAGUUACCCCUAUAUUCAUAAACGUACUCUAAAGUUAUCAAACCGAUAAAGUUUGUUUGUCCUUUUCUAUCACACCAAUACGUCGGAAAGGGACAAACGAACUUUAUCGGCUUGAUAACUUACGAGUAUGAGUACGAGUACGUUUAUGAAUAAGGGGGUUAGAAUAAGAUGGGUAGUCUAUCUAGCCCAGAUAAUGUCGCGCCUCUGUGGCGGUGGCUGUCUAAUAAUAAUAAUAUAAGUACAUAAUUAUUGUUCACAAAAUGAGGAUAUUUUAUAAAAUAAAAUAUUUGUAUUGUUUUAAA